AUAUUUCAGCCGUGCUAUAUACAUCGCCUCUGCAUCCACACGGUGAUACUGAAUAUCUGAAAUCCAUUCUCCAAAAUGGCCGCGCCUCACAUGUCUCGCGUUAAGCUCGGAACCCUAGGCUUUGAGGUUUCCAAGUUAGGAUUUGGCUGUUUGCGCCUUUCCGGAGUCUAUAACGCUCCUGUCCCUGAAGAGGUCGGAAUAUCCAUUAUCAAGUACGCAUUCAGUAAAGGGAUUACGUUCUUUGAUACAUCCGACUUUUAUGGAGCCAAUACCAACGAGAUUUUGGUCGGAAAGGCCAUAGAAGAGUUACCUAGAGAAAAAAUCCAGCUGGCAACGAAGUUUGGUGUUAAGGCAGAUUCAGAUUUCUUCGCUGAUAUUGAGGUCGUAGGUACACCGGAAUACGUGCGUUCAUGUUGUGAAGGCAGCUUGAGACGGCUUGGUGUGGAAUACAUUGAUCUCUAUUACCAGCAUAGGGUGGACAAGUCAGUGCCAAUAGAAGAUACGGUGGGUGAACUUAAGAAAUUGGUGGAAGAAGGAAAAGUCAAAUAUAUUGGAUUAUCUGAAGCUAGUCCAGACACAAUUAGGAGAGCGCAUGCGGUUCAUCCCAUAACAGCUGUGCAAAUAGAGUGGUCCCUCUGGACUCGUGAUGUUGAAGAGGGCAUAGUUCCUCUCUGUAGAGAGCUCGGCAUUGGAAUAGUGCCAUAUAGCCCUCUUGGUCGUGGCUUUUUUGGUGGUCGAGGAGUUGUGGAAACUGUGCCUGCACGUGGCUCCUUGAGUUCAUAUCCCCGAUUCCAAGCAGAGAAUUUGGAGAAGAACAAGAAAAUAUAUGAUCGGGUGGAAAGCAUUGCGAAGAAGCAUCAGUGCACUCCUGCUCAGUUAGCAUUGGCAUGGGUACUCCAACAAGGCAAUGACGUUGUGCCUAUCCCUGGAACAACGAAGAUUAAGAACCUAGAUCAAAAUUUGGAUGCACUGUCAUUGAAACUUUCAAAUGGGGACCUCAAAGAAAUUUCUGAGACAGUUCCCAUUGAUGAAGUGGCAGGUGAUCGGUACUUUAAGAGCAGGGACCAAUUCAGCUGGAGAUUUGCUAACACGCCCCCAAAAGAUUCCAAGGCCUCAAUAUGAGCGGAGAAUGCGGUAAUUUGUGUUACGAAGGCUGCUGUAACGGCAAUAUCAAUUUGAUUUUACUAUGAACGCAGCCUCCGGAACCCAGGCAUAGCAUAUGAUAGAUAGAAGCAUGGGCCAGACGCUUCGAGAAUUGAGUAUUCAAAUUGACGACCGAGGUUGUUCUUGGCAAUAGUCCCACAAUCACGAAUUAUACUUUUGUACUAUAAAAAAUUGGGAUUUCACUGCGCAUGCUCACACGAAUAUUUGCUUUCCUUAGAAACAGAUUUGAUAAGAAGGAAUUAGUUAUCAAUGACAUCUCAGUGUUUCAUA